AUGGAUAAGCAGCAAUAUGAGUGCGAAGAUCACAUAACGCUUCCGGAACCAGGACAAGAGGCAUCUUCAAUCCACGCGAAGGACAAUGGAGAACUAGCACGUGUUGGCAAGUUGCCUAGUUUACAGCACAUUUGUUCUACCGUUGCAAAAGUUGGUGGAUCCGGAGGUGCAGUCUAUACUUACCUCUUUGUGUGGUUCAGCACCCUUUGCACCCUUGCUACACUAUCCGAGCUGGUGUCUAUGGCACCGACCUCUGGUGGUCAGUAUCAUUGGGUCGCAAUUUUAGCGCCACGAUGGUGCCAUAAAUUCCUUAGCUUUAUAACAGCGUGGUUGGUAAUAUUGGGUUGGCUAGGAGCAUUUGCUUCAGGUGUAUAUAUGGCAAGCUCCCAGAUCAUGGGGUUUGUUACUAUAACACACACUUCGUUCAAGCCUCAACCAUACCAGGUAAUGCUUCUUUACUGGGCUUACGUUGCCUUUGCGAUGUUUAUAAAUAUUGGAACUGGGAGACUUUUGCCUAAAUUUGAGGGAUUUGUCCUGAUCUUGCAUAUUGCAGGGUUUUUCGUCAUCCUAAUACCACUCUCAUAUCUAGGUGACCAUGUAUCCGCAAAUGAGGUAUUUGGGAGCUUCAAUAACAAGGGCGGUUGGCCGAGUCUUGGAUUAUCUCUCUUCGUUGGGAUGCUGGGCAGUAAUUUUGCAUUCACAGGGUGUGAUGCUGCUAUUCAUAUGACCGAGGAAACCAGAAAUGCCACGGUGACCAUACCGCGGUCUAUCAUGAUGAGUAUUGUACUGAAUGGAUCGCUGGGCUUCGGCAUACUUUUGGUUACCCUGUUCAAUCUACGGGAUGUUGAUCAUGUCCUCAACUCUCCUAUAGGGUAUCCGUAUAUUCAGAUAUUCCUCGAUGCGACAGGGUCAAUCCCGGGUAGCAUAGCUAUGGCUUCGAUAGUGCCUAUCUCAGGAGUUGCUACGGCAUCUGGGAAUCUGGCGGCAGCCUCACGGAUGGUAUGGUCCUUCUCUCGAGACCGUGGUACUCCUUGGUGGAUACUUCUCAGCAAGGUGGACUCCAGAAAAAUACCUUUUUAUUCCAUCGCGGCUAUUGUUUUCGUUGCCCUCUUGCUAUCUUUAAUAAUCCUGUGGUCUGAAGCUGUUCUCGAUGCUGUGGUGUCAUUGACUGUCAGCUCUCUUUUCUCUUCAUAUCUCAUAGCCACUGGGCUGCUACUUUACCACCGCCUUUCAGGCGGAAUUCGACCUUAUGGCGAGACAACGGUCGUGGUUAACACAACUGGCGCUCCCCUUUCUUGGGGACCAUUUCAUAUUCCAGACAAAUGGGGUAUCACGACUAACACUUUUACGGUAUGCUACCUGAUUAUUGCUGUUAUAUUCAGCUUUUGGCCUUCAGAUGUAUAUGUCAACGUGUCGUCAAUGAACUGGGCUAUCGCACCUACUGGAGGAACGAUUCUCUUCGGCAUUCUGUACUACAUUACCUAUGCGAAGGGCACUUUCAAUGGACCUGUGGUGGAAGUUUGUUAAACGUGUGCAUUGAUGGGCUGCUCAUGACAUGCACCUCAGUUGGCCAUUGAGUCAUUGCACGUCUUAUCUUUUGGAUGUUAACUGCUUCUACCUAAGUAUAGA